AUGAGUGAUCCCGUAGCCACGCCGGCCGCGCCGGCGGCACCGACCAAGGACGCGGAAGCGAUCGUGAAGGACGAGGACUGCUCGAAGGAGUACGAGCCAGUGGUGCGUCUGGCGGAGGUGGAGACGAAGACGGGCGAGGAGGACGAGGAGGUGGUGUUCAAGAUGCGAUCCAAGCUGUUCCGCUUCAACAAGGAGCAGAAAGAGUGGAAGGAGCGCGGCACGGGCGACGUGCGCAUCCUCAAGCACAAGGAAAACCGCAAGAUCCGGCUGCUCAUGCGCCGCGAGAAGACGCUCAAGAUCUGCCUCAAUCACUACAUCAACCCCUCGGUCGAGCUCAGGGAGAACGUGGGCUCGGAUCGCUCGUGGGUAUGGCAUGGCGUUGACUACGCGGACGGCGAGCGUGACGAGGCUACCCUCGCGAUCCGCUUUAGGGAUUCGACGAAUGCUACCGCGUUCAAAGAGGCGUAUGACAGCGCGAGAGACUACCUCAGGAAGCUGCUGGACGGAAAGGACCCAGACGCGGCGGCUGGCGAGGAGGUCAAGGCGGAGGAAGCCAAGGGCAAGGAGUCGCCAGAAGAGGUGGCCAAGGUGGAUGCGCCAAACGCAGAAGAGGCCAAGGAGGAUACUAAGGAAGCCGCGUCGUAGGGUGUAGAUGAAAACUCGGCACAACCAGCUAACAGUACAAUAAAGGCUCGCGGCUACUUUUCGGACAUCGAA